AUGAUAGAGAAUGUAGAGGAAGCCUUUGAAAAUCAGAGAUACUUCGGGCCUGUUGGCUGGCAAGCCCCUGGAUUACUGGAUCGGUCAGCUUGGACCGAUGACGAGGGAAAACCAGUGAACGCCGAGCCCAUCCCGUCCGAUCUCAGCAGCAACGUGUGGGAUCUGGCACCUGGAGUACCCUCGGCCAGGGGGUCGGUCGUCACAGCGGGUAGGAGAUUUUGUCAGGAGGAGAUUGUGGCGCCGUCUAGCAAGCUCAUCAGCCUCAGGGUGCGCAAGCGUACAGAGCUUGAGAAGCGCAAGGCAGCUGUGAUGAAGCUGGUGGGAUUGAUGACGUCCAUGUUCAGGCGGCGCCACUUCUAUGAGGUGCUGCCCAUGGACCCGGUCGCCUGGCCGCUGCUGCUGGCUGCCCACAGAGAGGCCCUGCGCACGUCCAUGGCCGAGCAAGCUGUGCUCAGCCGCAUAGACCCCUCCACCAUGCAGCCGCCUGCAGCAAAGGCAAGCUUCUCACCUCCUGCCUGUUCCGGUGAACUGAGUGAGCAGGGUGCCCCUCAGACUCUGCUCCAGGCUCUGCUGUGCGGCGCAAUGCACUCACGGGCCGCGUACGGCUAUGCCAUGGCUGCAGGCCACCUGUCGUCCCUGCUCAACUUUGCACUCCUGCAGACGGUGCAUCAAUUCGACUUCUGUGCGGCCGGGGGCGCGUCAGGCGAGGCGAACAAUGAAGCGGUGUUGAAGCUGGCGGGCGUGAGGCCGGGGCAUCUGCUGUUGGCGGAGUGGAACAACAGCAUCGGCCGCCCCUGCCACUAUGUGGCCGCAGACCUGGCCAAUCACUGCAUCGUUGUGGCCAUCAGGGGCUCUUUGGAGGUGGGCGACAUGCUGUCAGAUGUCACUGCGGCACCCAUGGAAAUGACCCUGCUAGGCGUGCAAGGCAAGGUGCACGAGGGCAUGAUGGCUGCUGCCACAUUUGUACACUGCAACACUGCCGAGGCGUUGGAGGCGGCUGCGCAGCAGUUUCCCGGCUGGCCUGUGCUGGUCACCGGCCACUCCUAUGGCGGUGGCGUGGCGGCUAUUUUGGCGGCACUGCUGAGGGACGGCGGCGCUCCUCCUGGGCUGGGCCCCAUCUCCUGCAUCGCGCUCGGCUGCGCGGCCGUCUUCAGCCUGGAGCUGGCCAAGAUGGUCACGCCAUUCACCACAUCUGUCGUCUACGGGGCGGAUGUGGUGCCGAGGCUGAGUGCUGCGAGCGUGGAGGGCGCCUUUUUAGAGCUGGCCGCUGCAUCUCCUGUGCGCACCGCCGCCGCCAAGUUCGGCCGCCAGGUCACCUCCACGCUGGAGGGCCUGAAGGUUGACUGGAAGGUGGCGACGAAGGGGCCGAAAUUCGCCGGAGACAGGUUCCCGGGGCAGAGGGGACUGACCUCGUUGCUGACGAUGGCUGAGAACAGCGACGCGUACAGCGCCGCCGCCCAGACCGCCCUGGCGGCCGCCCGCUUUGCUGGCUACCGCACCACAGAGGACGCAGAAACAGGUGGUGAUGGGGUUGAGCUCAGUAACAUAAAUGGUGGUGCGGCCACUCCGCAGCCCCCUGCCACGCCGUCACUCGCGCCAGGGGCGGUGGUCAGCGCCGGGGAUUUUGCGCAGCACGAGCGCGACAGGGGAGGCGAGGCUGAGAGCUACCCUGCUGCGGAUGGGGUCAUGGACGGCGCAACGCGUUCGCCCACAGACAGGGCGGUGGGCACGUCAGAGAGCGGGGAUGAUGACCAGCACCUAGUGACUAGCGAGGAGGUCGCGGACGCUAGGGCCCAAGCGGCUGUAGCGGCCGCCAAGUAUGGGGGCAGCGAGCACCCGGAGCCCCUGUUUAUGCCAGGGCAGGUGCUGUGGGUGAUUCCACCAGAAGAGGCCACAGAGGACGCGCUCAGUUCCACCGAUGAAGAAGCUAGCCCUGGCCCAGUCAUGGGCCCUGCUUUUGAGGUGACGAUGCAGUCAGUGGAGGAGCAGGCACGCCUCAAUGCGGACGCCAUGCAGGCGGCUGCGCGCGCCGGCCAGGCGGCCGAUGCGCUCGGCCCCGGCCGGCGCGCAUCGGGCAGCCCCAGUGCGUCAACGCCAAAUGCUGCCAUGUGCAGUGACAACAGCCCAGAACAGAGCAAUCCAGAGGCUUUGGGAUCGAGUGUAGCAGCCGAGCAGCGGGGCCGGAAGAGCAGCCUCGACAGGAAGACUGUGCGGCAGCCGGAGCUGCAGCCGUUCUGCUCCCCCAGAAAGGCUGCGCGGCAGCGGCUGAGCGAGCGGUCUGCGGCCUGCGCACGGGCGGAGCUCGUCAGGGGCCAGAACGCAGAAGACCCUGACUUGCAUGCGGAGGAUGAGGCUGCAGCGCGGCUGCUGGAAGAGGAGUGGACAGGCAAGGGUCGGGCGCAGGGGAGCGAAGGGGGGUCUAGGGCGGACAAGCGGCGGCCUGUUCUGGCGCAGGUGGAUAGGAGGCUGUUUGGGCGCAUCCUGUUCAGUUUUGACACGAUGCCCCACCACCUGCCGGACACCUAUCUCACCGCUCUUCAGGAGCUGUGA